UUCGAACUUGCACAUAUCGCUUUACAUUCAUUCUUUAACACGAUACCCAUCGUCCUAUAUAUCUAUUUAUUCGACUGUAUAUUCUAUCUUUCUUUAACAAACACCGACCGAACUACUACACGGCUUUAUAUUCAUUUACCUUCCACAACAUGCAUUUGACUUCAGUCGUCCUUUCCGUCACCGGAACCAUCCUUUCCGCUUCAAACACAAUGGCGGUCCCAAUCGGAGGUGGCUAUGUUAAUGACGAUCAGUCCUAUGGCUAUCGCCGUGGCUACGGCCCGGGUCCAGCAGGAGGCUUUAUUCCAGGGGGCAUGCUCGGCGGUCUCUUUGGUGGUGGCUUAGGAGGGUCAGGCGGAGGCGGUGGUGGUUUUCUUGGCGGCAUAGGUGGUGGAGGAUCAGGCGGAGGCCAUUUGGGGGGUGAACUCGGAGGUGGCUUAGGUGGCGGCCUCGGUGGCGGAUUAGGCGGUGGCCUAGGCGGCGGAUUAGGAGGCGCAGGAUCCCUGGGUGGUCAUCUAGGCGGCGACAUUGGUGGUGGUCUCGGCGGCAACAUCUUUGGUGGUGGAGCAGGUGGGGGAGGUCUCUUCGGUGGUUUGGGUGGCGGUGCGGCUGGCGGCGGUGAUCUCCAUUUCGGUGGAGACCUUCACGGUGGUGCGGCCGGUGGGCUAGGUGGGCUUGGAGGGCUUGGAGGCGGAGCAGCUGGUGGCCUUGGUGGAGGUCUCAACUUCGGUGGAGGACUCGACGGCGGCCUUGGCGGAGGAGCCGGGGGUGGAGGAGCCGGCGUUCUACGUGGUGCUCUAGGAGGAGGUCUGGGCGGCCAUCUUGACGGAGGGCUCGGCGGCCAUGGUGCCGGAGCAUUCGGCGGCCACGCUGGCGGAGGACUCGGAGGACAUUUGGACGGAGGACUCGGAGGACAUUUGGACGGAGGACUGGCCGGCGUUGGUUCCGUCGGUAGAUCCGUCGGUGUCGCCGCCGGAUCGCAGCCUAUUGGCUAUGCCGCAUCUAUCAUUGCACCCCAUGGACCCGCUCCUGGUGUUUACGCUGCUGGUCCCCUCAUCGUCCCUCAUGCUCCUCUUGCCGGCCCGAUUGUUGUUCCCCAUGGCCCUAUUCCCGGACCUUUAGCCAUCCCUAACGCACCAGUUCCCAGACCUAUUGUUGUCCCCAGCGUCCCAGUACCCGGGCCCAUCGUUGUUCCACAUGUUCCAGCCCCUGGAUCAUACUCUAACAUCCCUCUGGCUGUUCCCCACGCACCGAUCCCUGGACCUAUCAUUGCUCCUGGACCUUUGAUUGCUCCUCACGGACCAGUUCCAGGUGGUUACGUCGCUGGCGCUCCGUUUCACGCACCCGCCGGUGCGCUUGCCCACGGUGGUGGAUAUGGUCGAUUGUAGAACCUUUAUCAUUUCGUAGGAAACUUCACAGCUUGUAUUAUAUAAAUAAAUAAAUGUUUAUCCAUUGAUUGUCGAGGCAUCAAGAAUCAAGAAAUAGUCAUUCCGCUGCGACAGCUUCUAUUCUGAUGUAUAUAUUACAGUGAUUUUGUUGUAUCUAGCAGGAUUACGAACCCAUUUUUCCCCA